AUGGUAGCUAUUGUCGAUAAGAUUAAUGGUAAUCGUAGUAAUGUUGGUUGCAGUAAUCAUACUAAUCGAAUAAAACAAGAAGAUAAUCAUCAAACAACACGAAUUAUUCAAUGGCUUGGUGGUGAACGAGCAGUUGAUGUUCCAGCUGAAUUUGAUGUACAAUCAUCACUGAAAGAAGAUUGUGUCGAUCAUCAAAUAGUUGCAUCAAAAGUUGAAUGCAUUGAAUUACUUCGACUUAAACCACUCAAUAAACAACAAACUACUACAUUUGAACGAGGCUCUUUACUUCGUCAAAGUAGUCGUCGUGGCAGUUGUAGUUAUCGAAGUCGAUCAUCGCCCGAUGAACAAACAUCAGAUGAAGCUUAUUGUACAUUAUCAACACAUCGUGGUGGUAUUCAAAAGAAAACAAAACUUAAUAAUGAUUUAAUACGUAAAGGAUCAGCAAGUGAUAGUAGUAGUUUAUCAACAACUGUUCAUAAUUGUACAUCAUCACCUAUAUUAACAAUAUCAAUUGAUGAUAUAUAUACAACAUUAGAUCGUGCACAAAUAUUAUUUAAAAUGGAAGAUGAACAUAUUAAAGAAGAUAUUGGACGUUUACGUGAAAUAGCACAACAAGGUUCAUUUCAACAAAGUCUUCAUUUAUUACCUAUUGUAACACAUGCAAAUGAUCGUUCAAUGGAUUUAUUUCAUGAAAUAAUGAUUAAUGGUGAUAAUGGUGAACGAGAUUUUAAAGAAAUGGUUGAAGAAUUGAUUCAACUUAUUGAAAAAAAAUUAGUUGAUGCAGAAUAUAAAAUGUUUGAUGCAACUACAAUCAGAGCAUCAUCUCCAUCAUUAUUUGAUAUGCUCAAUGAUCUUAAAACAUGUUUAACAUUAUUACGUCGGACAGAAAUGCAAAGUUUGUUAGAUGUAUUUGAUAAUGUUCUUAAAUUACGUCUUUAUCCAUCAGCAUUACCAGAAAGUCAAGAAAUACCAAAUAAUAUUAAUAAUGAAAAUAUUCCAAAUAAAUUAAAUCAUUCUGAAACAACAGAAGAAUUAUUAAAAUUAUCUCAAUAUGCAAUUGAUGAAUUAAAAAUCGUUAAAAUUGAAAAAACUCAUGAACCAUUAGGUGUAACAAUAACACGUUCUGAUUCUGGUUCAAUUCAUAUAGCACGAAUUAUUGUUGGUGGUAUUGCAUCAAAUACAGAACUUUUUCAAAUUAAUGAUCGUAUACUUGAAAUAAAUGAUGAACCAAUAACAGGUCGUUCACUUGAUUAUGUUUGUUCAUUAAUGUCAAAUAUAUCAGGUUUAAUUAAAUUUCUUCUUGCACCACCAUUAUUUUCAAAUAUAAUUCAUCAUAAUCGUCACCAUAAUAAUAAUAUAUCACAUCAAACAUUUUAUGUUCGCGCAUUAUAUGCAUAUGAUCCAUAUAAUGAUCCAUUAUUACCGUGUAAAGAACUUGGUUUACUGUUUCAACGUGGCGAUAUUUUACGUAUUGUUGCACGCGAUGAAAAUUUCAUUAAAAUUAAUGAUUCAUAUGUUAGUUGGUGGCAAGCAUAUCGUGAAAAUUCAACGGAAACAGAUACAGAUCCAAGUUUAGCAGGUCUUAUACCGUCGGAUAGUUUACAACAAAAACGUUUAGCUUUAAUAAAAGCACUUAGUGAUGAAACUGAAUCAAUAUCAUCAUCAUCAUCAAUAUCAAUAUCAUUAAAACAUCAGAAAAAAUCUAAAAAGAAAAAAAAGAAACAUUGUUUAACUUGUCUGCCAAAAAAAGAAAAACAUAAUUUACAUUCUGUUUAUAAUAAUGCAACAUUUAUACGUGAUAUUGAGGAUACAGAUGCAACAAAUAUUCGAACAUCAACAAAUCAUUUUUCAUUAACUGAUACAAGACAAUUUGAUGAAGAACAUCCAUCAUCAAAAGCAAUGGCUACGAUGUUAGAUCAUAAUAAAGAUUUCACAAUGGAUUCAUUAAUGCUUGAUACAUUUCGUUUUUAUGAUCCUGUCUUUCGUCUAGAUCUUACAGGACAACAAAUGACACGACCAAUUGUUUUACUAGGUGAAAAAUAA